CGCAGCAGAAGCGAUGAUGUGGAAGGUACUGUAUGUACAAAUACAUACACACCUACAUAAAUUUCGGUCAGUCUUGCCAUAGAUCCCUUCUUCCCCUCACACAGGGAAUUGUUACUCAUCUUACUUUUGACCUCUAUGAUUUAGACGGAUGGGUAGCUAUUGUUGCUAUCACUACCUUAUCUCGCAUUGUAACAUACGCAUUGCACGCAUAUCUUGAGCCAUCAGAAGAGCAGCCGGGAAGCAAGAUAGAGAGAAUGGCUCUUGCCGACCUUCCCGACGAGAGUAACACUGGCAUAAGUAACGGCACCGCUCGGAGAACGCGGGCCUCCUCCGUCUUUGCAUUUUUCAGUCCUCUCCAUAUCGGAAGCCACCAAAGGGGAGAAGAGAAGGUGGUCUGCUCCUCACCUCAAGGACGCGCCCCGGCCUUUGACUCUACUGCUUCGAGAUAGGGCACUCGAUGGCAACGGUCACUGCGAUUGCCUGGGACCAGGGGCACCAGCAUCAAUUCCAAAGAAGUCGACGCGCACGAGGACGACGAUUCAAGCUCCAGGGCACGCAAAGCCGAGCAGGCAGCCAGAAUCAUAAUCGCUUCAUGCCA